AUGUUUGUAGCAACUGUUCGGAACGCUUGAGGUGCUUAAUACUUUCUUCUGAUGAAGCGACAGUAACGGCAGAAGCCAGCUGGUCGACUUUGGAUGCUGCUAAUCGCAAAAUCCGACUUCCUUGUUGA